UGGGUUAAUGGUCGAUAGGUGGCGCUUUUGUUUGAAAAUGGCUGCCUCCAUAAGGAGGUCUUUUCAAAAUCAUAUCUUAACCUUCAAGAAUGUACAUUUUAUGCCAACAAGAGGAUUUCAAAGAUCAAGGCCAGUUCUAGGCGCUAUGGAUGCAGAGUUUGAGAAAGCAAAAGCUAAAUUAAACACUCUGCAGAAUGAACCUGGCAAUGAUGUAAAACUAACAAUUUAUGCUUUAUUUAAACAGGCAACAAUAGGAAAGUGUAAUGUUAAAAAACCAGGCAUGAUGGAUUUUGUUGGUAAAGCUAAAUGGGAUGCAUGGAACAAUCUAAGUGAUAUGACGCAGGACGAAGCUCAGAAGGCCUAUAUAGAUUUAGUACAUAGCUUGGCAGGAGAUGAGAGUCAAUCUAAAGCAUCAGCAUCUUCAACAGAAUCGGCCGGAAAGUAUGAAACUGUUGAUGUUACAUUGAAUGAUGGUAUCUACAAAAUAACACUGAACAGACCAGCAAAGAAAAACGCCAUCAAUUAUAAGAUGUAUGAAGAAAUAGGCCUGGCUUUAUUAGAAGCAGCAAAUGAUAAAAACUGUACAUUAGCUGUUUUGACAGGUGCUGGUGAUUAUUAUUGUAGUGGUAAUGAUUUAAGUAACUUCAUGAAUAUUCCACCAGAUGGCAUUGGAGCUAUGGCCAAACAAGGAGGGGACAUAUUAGAGAAAUUUGUGAAUGCCUUUAUAGAUUUCCCUAAGCCAUUAAUUGGACUGAUCAAUGGACCAGCAGUUGGUGUUUCUGUUACUGUCUUGGGACUUUUUGAUGUUGUUUAUGCUUCAGAUAAGGCUAGCUUUCAUACUCCAUUCUCACAGCUAGGACAAUCACCAGAGGGCUGUUCAUCCUAUGUAUUCCCAAAGAUAAUGGGAACAGCUAAGGCUAGUGAAAUGUUAUUAUUCAACAAGAAGAUUACUGCUCAGGAAGCUUGUGAUAGAAAUCUAGUAAGUGAAGUCUUCCCAAAUGAUGUAUUCCAGAAAGAAACAGAAGCAAGAGUUCAGCAGUAUGCAAAGCUGCCGAAAAUAAGUUUACAAAAAUGCAAAUUAGUGUCAAGAGAACUGGAAAAGGACAAAUUAUAUCAAGUUAACAAGCAUGAAUGUGAAAUAUUGAUGGAACGUUGGCAAUCUGAUGAAUGUAUGAAUGCUAUAAUGGGCUUUUUCCAGAGUAAAGGAUCCAAACUAUGAUUUACAUAUCUAUUUUAUUUAUUAAUAAAAGUUGUAUAAUA